AUGAAGAAUUUAUCGUUGAACCUAGCCCAUUCGAAUAAUAAUGCUUCUGCAGAACAAUCUACGGCGGACCCCACAGCAGACAAGGUUUCCACGCAAAAACCUGAAGCAGAACAAACAGAGAUGGAAGAUGUGUUCAAUAAACCUCCUUUAACUAGACGGAAAACGUUGACGUUAUCUAUACCGGCAAAUUCGAUGACAGAAGACUUGCCGUUGGUGACACCAAACGUCACCAAGACGCCGUCGAUGCCGCCGUUGAUGUCAACUUUCAAGAGUAGUACAGAAUCAGAUCUUCUUGAUCGUGAUCACGAGCAUAACUCAUUUCGUUUUGACGCCCCGCAUAUAGGUACUUCGAAUCCAUUUCAUAAUUCCAGUUUACAAAGCCCGUUUAUGAGCGAUAAAUCACUCGUUCACGAUUUUUCGAAAAUUAGUAUAAAUAAGGAGAAGCCUAUCUAUUCAAGAAUACCUGAAGAGUUACAGGAACAGAGCCAACUAGAUGCAUACACAAACGGCCCUGCAGAUGUUCUUAAUCAUUCCAUAUACCUUUACUCCGACCCAAACCAUGGUCCUACUAAAAUAGACAUAAACAAAUUUGACUUGGUCAUAAACGUUGCCAAGGAAUGCAAAGACCUAUCAUCAGAAUUCAAGACUUACAACGGAAAAAAGGAGUACUUGUAUAUUCCCUGGUCACAUACAUCUCUAAUUCUGAAGGAACUACCCCAAAUAACAAAGAAAAUAAGCCAGUUUGAUGAUAGCAAUAAACCUCACGAAAAGCGUAAAAUCCUAGUUCACUGCCAAUGUGGUGUUUCUAGGUCUGCUUGCGUAAUUGUUGCUUAUUUCAUGUAUAAAUUUAAAAUUGGUGUUAAUGAAGCUUAUGAACUAUUAAAAUCGGGAACUGAUAAUAUAAACGAACCUACAAAUACUUUGAUCAAGAACAAGGGCUACAAUGUCGAUGCAUGUGAUAGAAUCUGUCCUAAUAUGAGUCUAAUAUUUGAGUUAAUGGAGUUUAAUGAUGCUUUAAAGAAUAAAUAG